AUGAAAUCGUAUUUUGUAUCUACCCUACUCAUCCUGGCGCUUGGGCUUGUCUACGCAGCUCCUUUAUCUUCUGAUAUCAUCUCCAAGAGAGAGGAUCCAAGCGGAACUCAAAAUUGCUUCGAUAUCACUUAUCCUAUUGAUUACACUGUGUGGGAGACCUAUGGUGUCUAUGAUAUCACUUGGACAGUUACUGGAGAAUGUGAAACAUCAUACUACGCUUACAUGGUCAGAGUUCUGGAAGAUGAGAAUGGCAAUACUACUUAUGAAGUUCCUGAAUUUGGAGACAAGCCGAUCGAUAUAUCCUUAGGACACAGCAAAAUAGCCCUUGGAGAUAACAUUGGAGAAGGAGAUUAUAUAUUUGGCAUUGGCCCUGGUAAAGAUACAACAUACGAAACCGCAGAUAUGGUUAUUAUCAACGUUACCCGAUAAAUAUCUUCAUGAUAUUUUUUAUAAAAGAAAAAGAAAUCGAGUGCGCCCAGGAUUGACACGUCGCUUCUCAUAUCAUAGAGUCUCUUGAGCCUAUAUAUUUCUUUUAAAAAUCAAGGCAUAAUAAAAUAUUUUAAUUAUUCAUAU